AUGCCCUUCGAGCCAGAGAUUCAACCCUACUCCGACAUUCACUACCUAUCUAAUGUUCGAGAACCCAACGACGAUGACCUACGGGCCAUUAUCAGGACAUACCCUCUAAUUGAUAAUCAUGCGCACAACUUGUUAAGAGAAGAAGAGGCAGAUGGAAAUGCAGAUCACCCUUUCGAGAGCAUUACCUCCGAAGCCCAAGGUCAUGCUCUGCAGGAACACGUUCAGUCUACUUUGGCACAUAUUCGUGGUCUCAGACAUCUGGCCGACCUUUACGAUUGUCCACCCUCCCUACAGGACAUCAAAGCUGCCCGGUACGAUUUUUGCAUUCGGGACUAUAAUGGGUUGAUCCGAAAAUGCUUAGCAGGGACACAUGCGUUGCUCUUGGAUGAUGGUCUUCCGCAGGAUCAUGUCCACCCUGUCAGGUGGCACGACAAAUAUGCUCCCACCGUCAGACGAAUAGCUAGAAUCGAAGUGGUGGCUGCUGAGCUGCUCGAGCAGCUGGCCCACGCUGCAGGCCUCUUAGUCCCGGGCGUUGACACAGCCUGGUCCAUAGAGAAGUCUGAGUGGUUCAUCCAAAGGUUCAAUAUCAUGUUCAGAAAUCAGAUCAAGCAGCUUGCUGCUGAUCCCCUCGUUGUCGGCUUCAAAUCCGUCGUCUGUUACAGGUCUGGCCUGGACGUCAAUCUCGCAAGUCGAAAUGCUUUCCGGCCUCACCAAUCACUCGCGGAAACUUCUUUGCUUACUUCUUUUCACCACUUCUUACGAGAGGCUGUCGGCAAGCAUGAUUAUCGUGUUGGUCAGAAAGACGUCAACGAUUUCCUAGUCGUUGCUACUUGCGACGUCCUGAGCAUGUUGGUAGAGACAGAGGGCGAAACAAAGCCGUUUCAGUUUCACACGGGGCUCGGUGAUACCGAUAUCGAUCUGGUAAAAGCUAAUCCAGCAUUCAUGCAACCCCUGCUUGAAGCUUUUCCCAAUGUCGAUUUUGUCAUUCUCCACUCCUCGUGGCCCUAUACUAGGGAAGCUGGAUAUCUGGCAGCAAACUAUGCUAAUGCUUGGCUUGAUAUUGGCGAAGUCUUUCCCAUGCUCUCACGACAAGGUCAGGAGGACGUUCUCAGACAAGCUCUAGAGCUAACACCCGCGUCCAAGAUCUUAUGGAGUACUGAUGGCCAUUUCUUUCCAGAAACAUUCUAUCUCGCAAACAGGCAAUUUAGAGAGGCACUUCAGACAGUUCUGGGUGAGAUGGUGUGCUCAAAGGAUGUCACAACAAUGCAAGCAAUUAACAUUGCGGUUGAUAUCUUAUUUUGGAACUCAAACGCACUGUACAAGCUGGAUGAAGAAAGAAAAUACCCACAAUUGCUCCGUUCUGUUGGAAGAAAUGAUACCGACAGUCAAAGGACGACUCUGUGGCAUCGCGGAAGCGACGUUUCGCAAAAUUCACCAUCUACUGCGGGGUUGGACUCAGCUGCAUCAACAGCAAUACCUUCUCCGGCCACCACUCAUCGUACCUCUAGAUCUCGUAGGACUUCCAAUUACUCGAUGAGACAUAGACCAACACGGCCUUUGACCGGACCGUCGGUAGAUCAAACCAUGUCUGCUAUCGCCUCAUCACAGAGUUUACAGGCAGCACUUCGUGGUGACCAGCAAAAUGAUGGCGAGGACGAUAUCGCAGCACUCAACAACUUCAUGAUUCGCAAUCCAGAGAUCAAAUUCAUCUGGCUCGAGUUCAUUUCGAAUACAGGAACUGUGCGAAACAGAAUGGUUCCAAUCAAAGGAUUCAAAAGACAGCUAAUCACAAAGAAAUAUAUCGGCAUAACGUGCGCGCUUCCACGACUCUUGCAGAACGAAUUGCCUGCCGCUGGCUGUGACACAACUGGUGAAUUCAAACUGAGGCCCGACCUGAGCUCUUUGCGUCUGAACAAAGGUGUUGAUAGCCCUUCUGCCUCUGUGCAGACGUGGUGGAUGAUGCCUUCACACAAUGAUGAGCUUAAACACUGGGACCGGUGUCCACGUUGGGCGCUACUACGACAAGUCGAAGCACUUCAAAAUGAAAGUCAACUAUCUAUGCUUCUGGGCUUUGAGAUCGAGGUAAUUUUUAUGAAGCCAAUCAUGAACAGCGCAGAGUCAGCAUUCGAAGAUUUCGAGGUUGUGAAUGAAUUACACUCCUGGUCAAACAUGACAUGUCUACAGACACGACAUUUGCCAUUCAUCGAAUCAAUAGUCGAAACUUUAGCAGAAGUGGGUAUUGAACUGGAACAAUUCCAUGCAGAAUCAGCACCAUCUCAGUGGGAGUUUCCUUUGCCGCCUCUUCCGCCCGUACAAGCUGUUGAUCAGCUUUACAAGGCGCGUCAGAUCAUCAGUAACAUAGCUCAGCAGAAUGGAUUGCGAGCUACCGUUUAUCCACGGCCGUACAGUGCAGCAGCUGGCAGUGCGAGUCAUGCGCAUUUCAGUUUGAAUGGACCACUGCAUAUCGUGCAAGAACACGAGAACGCAUUCCUGGCAGGUGUUCUGAAGCAUCUAUCGUCAAUAGUCGCUUUGUCUCUACCUCUAGAGGAAUCGUAUGCACGCGUCGCAUCCGGCGUCUGGUCGGGAGGUGAAUGGAUAGCGUGGGGUACUCAAAACAGAGAAGCGCCAAUACGUAAAUGUGGACAUGCACACUGGGAGAUGAAGACCGUAGAUGGAACGGGCAAUAUGUACUUGGCCAUGGCAGCUGCUGUCGCUGCUGGCCGAGAUGGCUUGAACAACAAAGUGAAACUCAAGCAAAAAGAUACACUCGUCGACGUCUGCAAAUUGAGCGCCGAAGAGAGGCAGCAACAAGGUAUUACUGAGCGCAUACCUAAGUCUCUCAAUCAAAGUCUGCAAUGCCUGGGUCAAAACCAAGUGCUAAUCGACCUUCUUGGUAAGAAUAUAGUUAACGAUUACAUUGCAGUCAAGGAGGCUGAACGCGCCAUGCUCGAGGAGAUGACCGAGCACGAUCGCAAGGUCUGGCUUAUAUCGAGGUAUUGA